UAAAACCCCGGGUGAGGCGGGACCGAACUGAUUGUCAUACAGUCCCCGGUUUGGCGGUGGUCAUGAGGGUUCUGAGUAUCACCGGCGCCGCACUACUGCUGGCGGCGCUACGGCUUCCCGAGGGUUCGGUGUUGGCGCAAAAUGCAACAUGUGUUUGGUAUGGAGAAUGCGGCACAGAUGAAGCAACCCAUAAGAGGUACAACUGCAAAUAUGAUGGCCCUCCAAAACCACUGCCAAAGGAAGGAUAUGGAAUAGUUCAAGAAUUGUGUCCAAAUUAUUUCUACGGCAAUGUUAGCCUCUGCUGUGAUAUUCAACAACUGCACACCCUUAAAGAUAAUAUGCAGCUGCCCCUUCAGUUCUUGUCCAGGUGUCCCUCUUGUUUUUACAACUUCAUGACCUUUUAUUGUGAACUAACUUGCAGUCCUGUUCAGAGUCUGUUUCUCAAUGCCACCAAGUUUGAGCAAUAUAUUCACAAUCAAACUAGCAUCACAGAGGUGGAAUACUAUAUUGGAUCAAGCUUUGCAAAUGCCAUGUACAAUGCUUGCAAAGAUGUUCAGUCUCCUUCAAGUAAUGAAAAAGCUCUGGGACUGCUUUGUGGAAAAGAUGCAAAGGACUGCAACGCAACCAACUGGAUUCAGUACAUGUGUAGUACAAGCAACGCUCAGACCCCCUUCAAUAUUAUUCCCAUUUUUGGUGAUGAUCCUGUUGGAAGAAUGAUCCCAAUGAAUAAUGAAACCAGAGGCUGCAAUGAGAGUCUGGACGAUGGUUCACCACCGUGUAGCUGUCAAGAUUGCUCGCUGGUUUGUGGUCCAAAGCCAGUGCCACCACCACUACCUGAGCCAUGGACCAUUUUUGGUCUGGACGCCAUGGCUGUCAUAAUGUGGAUCGUCUAUCUGGUCUUCCUGCUCUCCUUUGUGGGAGGCGUCAUUUGGAUGUCGUUUUGCAGGAAACAGCAUAUUGUUUCUGAAUAUGCACCGAUUAUUGAUACCAGCACAAGUAAUUCAGUGAACAUGGAGUAUGAUCUAGAAAAGAAGUCCUGUUGUGAACAGCUUGGUGCAAAAUCAGAAGCUCUCCUGCGUGACAUAUUCUCACAGUGGGGGUCCUUCUGUGUGAGAAACCCUGCUCCGGUGAUCAUCCUCACCAUCAUUGCUGUAGGAAUCUGUUCUUCAGGCUUGGUUUUCAUGAAGAUCACCACUGAUCCAGUUGAACUCUGGUCUGCUCCUUCCAGCCAAGCUCGCAAAGAAAAAUAUUACUUUGACACUCACUUUGGACCUUUCUUUCGCACCGAACAGCUGAUUAUUACAGCACCAAACAGCACUUGGACUACAUUCUCCCCUUACCCGUCAGGGUCAGAUGUACCCUUUGGCCCACCUUUGAGGAAGGAUAUAUUACACCAGGUGCUGGAUUUGCAGGAUGCAAUCCAGGAUUUGGAGGCCUAUUACAAGAAUGAAAGUGUGAAGCUUCAGGACAUCUGCCUGACACCCCUGGCUCCAUAUAACAAUAACUGCACCAUACUGAGUGUCUUGAACUACUUCCAGAACAGCCACACUGUCCUUGAUCAUUCUGUUGGUGAUUAUUUUUAUGUAUAUGCUGACUACCAUAGUCACUUCCUGUACUGCACUAGGGCUCCAGCUUCACUCAAUGACACAACUAAGCUUCAUGACCCCUGUUUGGGAACAUUUGGUGGUCCGGUUUUUCCGUGGUUAGUUGUAGGAGGAUACAAUGAUGAAGAUUAUAACAAUGCAACAGCGCUGGUGAUUACCUUCCCUGUAAAUAAUUUUCACAAUGACACUGAAAAACUGAAUAGAGUCUUGGCCUGGGAGAAAGUGUUUGUUGAUUUUCUGAAGAGUUAUAAUAAUUCCAACCUGAGCAUUUCGUUCUCUUCCGAACGGAGUAUUGAAGAUGAAAUAAACCGCGAGAGUAACAGUGAUGUCAAAACUAUUCUUAUCAGCUACAUUAUCAUGUUUCUGUACAUCUCCAUCGCCUUGGGGCACAUAAGGAGCUGCUUGAAUUGCCUGGUGGACUCUAAGAUUUCUCUAGGAAUGGCUGGCAUUGUGAUUGUGCUGAGCUCGGUGGCCUGUUCGCUGGGGAUCUUUAGCUAUGCUGGGAUCCCCCUCACACUGAUUGUGAUUGAAGUCAUCCCUUUCCUGGUGCUGGCGGUCGGUGUAGACAACAUAUUCAUCAUUGUUCAGACAUUUAGGAGAGACAAACGACUGCUUGAUGAGUCAGUUGACCAACAGAUUGGCAGAGUUCUGGGUGAGGUGGCACCAAGUAUAUUCCUGUCAUCCUUCUCUGAGACGGUGGCAUUCUUCCUGGGUUCCUUGUCCACAAUGCCAGCAGUUCGUACCUUCUCCCUAUUCGCAGGGAUGGCUGUGUUCAUAGACUUCCUACUCCAGAUAUCCUGCUUUGUUAGUCUCUUUGGGCUGGAUGUCCAGCGGCAGGAGAGUAACCGGAUGGAUAUAGUGUGCUGUGUCAAACAAAAGAGGGCUAAUACAGAUCAUUCUGAAGAACUUCUCUUCAGAUGCUUCAAGUAUAUCUAUGCUCCAUUUUUGUUAACCAAUUGGGUGCGACCCAUUGUGAUAUCAGUAUUUGUUGCACUCCUGUCAUUCAGCAUUGCAGUAGUAAAUAAAGUUGAGAUUGGAUUGGCCCAGAGUUAUUCUAUGCCUGAUGACUCCUACCUCCUUGAUUACUUUGCAUCGAUGGACAGAUACUUCCAUGCAGGUCCUCCUGUCUACUUUGUGGUUGAAGAAGGACAUAAUUAUACCUCCCCUGAGGGGCAAAACUCAGUAUGUGGUGGUGUCAGCUGUAACAACAACUCCCUUGUCCAACAAGUCUACAAUGCUGCGAUGCUGAGUAACUAUACGAAAAUAGGUUUCCCACCAUCCUCCUGGAUUGAUGAUUACUUUGACUGGGUGAAGCCACAAUCGACCUGCUGUAGAGUGUACAAUAAUACAGAAAACUUCUGCAAUGCAACAGUUCAAAAUCCAGAGUGCGUUCGCUGUCGUCCACUGAACGAAAAGGGGAAGCAAAGACCACAUGGUGAAGACUUCAUGACAUUUCUCCCCAUGUUUCUGUCUGACAACCCCAAUCCAAAAUGUGGCAAAGGUGGGCAUGCAGCAUAUGGAUCUGCUGUGAAGUUGAUUCAUAACAACACAGGUGUGGGUGCCACUUAUUUUAUGACAUACCACACUGUACUGAAAACAUCUGCUGACUUCAUUGAUGCUGCAAAGAUGGCUCGUGUUAUUGGGCAAAACAUAACUAAGUCCAUGGGGAUUUCAGAGAAAGGCUAUCGAGUCUUUCCGUACAGUGUGUUCUAUGUAUUUUAUGAACAGUAUUUCACAAUUGUGCACGACACAAUUUUCAAUCUCUGCGUGUCGCUGGCGGCAGUUUUUGUCGUGACUACGAUCCUGCUGGGCUACGAGGUGUGGUCAGCAAUGAUGGUAUGCAUCACCAUAUCCAUGAUCAUCACUAACAUGUUUGGAGUUAUGUGGCUCUGGAACAUCAGCCUGAACGCAGUCUCACUUGUAAACUUGGUAAUGUGUUGUGGUAUUUCAGUUGAGUUCUGCAGCCAUAUAGUUCGUGCCUUUUCUAUCAGUAUAAAGAAAACCAGAGCGGACCGUGCAGAGGAAGCCCUGGCAAAUAUGGGCAGCUCAGUAUUCAGUGGCAUCACACUGACCAAGUUUGGUGGGAUUGUGGUCCUGGCAUUUGCCAAAUCCCAAAUUUUCCAGGUCUUCUACUUCAGGAUGUACUUUGCAAUUGUUCUGUUGGGAGCAACUCAUGGCCUUGUGUUCCUUCCAGUGUUGCUGAGUUAUAUCGGACCACCUAUGAACAAAGGAAAAGUUUCAGUUCUACACAAUCACUACAAGGGUACAGAACGGGAAAGAUUGUUGAAAUAACCUCUGAGCAUCAGCAGCUUUUGAAUAAGGACCUCAAAUCCUGAUGGAUUCUGAACUUUGCAGUUUAAUGCAGAAUAUCUUGGUCUUCUGAACUCAGGAAAUUGUUUAGUUU